UCAACAUUCCUUCCACACUUCCUGAGCAUGUAUGAAGCUCCAACCGGACUAAUUGCCAAGACUGAGAACUGAUCGUUGGGAUUUCUAGAGAUAAGCUACUUCCAGAACAUUUUAAGAUUCCAUUAUCUCGUUUCAUCUCGUUUGAUAAGAAGUGUGCCCGGUGGGAGCUGCAGAUAAGGAAGCCGAGAUUCCGAGGGUUGGGCGACUUCAGCGGUUCGCUGCGACUCCCUGGGGGAACGCACCGGGUGCGGCGCGGGCCUGGGGGCCGUCCCCGGUUACCCCGGCGACCGGCCGGCAGUCACGUGACGGGGGAGCAGGCGGAGAAGCUGGAGAGGCGAGCACGGUCUACUGCCGGGCUUCUGUAGUCCGGCGGCGGUCACGUGUCCAGGGCUCGCGGGAGGUGGAGUUGGCCCCCCCGGCUCCAGCGUCACAUGACCGGCUCCGGGAAAACAUGGCGGCGGCCGUGGUGCAGCGGCGGGGCUGAGCGACAGCGAUUGCAGUGGGCUCCUAACAGGGGUGGGAUCGUCGGUGGGACCGGAGCGCGGGCGGGCGAGGCCCCCCGGGACCAUGUCCGGGUCCGACACCGCGCCCUUCCUCAGCCAGGCGGAUGACACGGACGACGGGCCGGUGCCCGGCACCCCGGGGUUACCGGGGUCCAUGGGGAACUCGAAGUCCGAGGAUCCCGAGGUCCCGGACCGAGAGGGGCUGCAGCAUAUCACCGGCUUGUCUCCGGGCCAUUCGGCUCUCAUAGUGGCGGUGCUGUGCUACAUCAACCUCCUCAACUACAUGGACCGCUUCACCGUGGCUGGCGUCCUUCCAGACAUCGAGCAGUUCUUCGACAUCGGAGACAGCAGCUCCGGCCUCAUCCAGACCGUGUUCAUUUCCAGUUACAUGGUGUUGGCACCUGUGUUUGGCUACCUGGGUGACAGGUACAAUCGGAAGUAUCUCAUGUGCGGGGGCAUUGCCUUCUGGUCCCUGGUGACACUGGGGUCGUCCUUCAUCCCCAGAGAGCAAUUCUGGCUCCUCCUCCUGACCCGGGGCCUGGUGGGGGUCGGGGAGGCCAGUUACUCCACUAUCGCGCCCACCCUCAUCGCCGACCUCUUCGUGGCAGACCAGCGGAGUCGGAUGCUUAGUGUGUUCUACUUUGCCAUCCCGGUGGGCAGUGGUCUGGGUUACAUUGCAGGCUCCAAAGUGAAAGAUAUGGCCGGGGACUGGCACUGGGCUCUGCGGGUGACACCAGGUCUAGGAGUGGUGGCUGUUCUGCUGCUGUUCCUGGUAGUCCGGGAGCCGCCACGGGGAGCUGUGGAACGCCACUCAGACUCACCACCCCUGAACCCCACCUCGUGGUGGGCAGAUCUGAGGGCUCUGGCAAGGAAUCCUAGUUUCAUCCUCUCUUCCCUUGGCUUCACUGCUGUGGCCUUCGUCACGGGCUCCCUGGCUCUUUGGGCUCCUGCAUUCUUGCUGCGUUCCCGUGUGGUCUUGGGGGAGACCCCGCCCUGCCUUCCUGGAGACUCCUGCUCUUCCUCUGACAGCCUCAUCUUUGGGCUCAUCACCUGCCUGACCGGGGUCCUGGGUGUGGGCCUGGGCGUGGAGAUCAGCCGCCGCCUCCGCCGUUCCAACCCCCGGGCUGACCCACUGGUCUGUGCUGCUGGCCUCUUGGGCUCCGCGCCCUUCCUCUUCCUGUCCCUUGCCUGUGCUCGUGGUAGCAUCGUGGCCACCUAUAUUUUCAUCUUUAUUGGAGAGACGCUGCUGUCCAUGAACUGGGCCGUCGUGGCUGACAUUCUGUUGUAUGUGGUGAUCCCCACGCGACGGUCCACUGCCGAGGCCUUCCAGAUCGUGCUGUCCCACCUGCUGGGCGAUGCUGGGAGCCCCUACCUCGUUGGCCUGAUCUCUGACCGCCUCCGCCGGAGCUGGCCCCCCUCCUUCUUGUCCGAGUUCCGAGCCCUGCAGUUCUCCCUCAUGCUCUGCGCCUUCGUCGGGGCUCUGGGCGGGGCAGCCUUCCUGGGCACUGCCAUCUUCAUUGAGGGUGACCGCCGGCAGGCUCAGCUGCACGUGCAGGGUCUGCUGCGUGAGGCAGGGCCCACAGAUGACCGGAUCGUGGUACCCCGGCGAGGCCGCUCCACCCGCGUCCCCGUGUCCAGCGUGCUCAUCUGAGGGGCCAUCGCUCGCCAGCGCGCAUCCCUAUCCCAGCUGGCCCUGGGCCCGCCCCAGAAGGUGCCCGGGCCGAACCCUUGGACUGGCCCAGCUUCUAGGAACGGCCUCGGGCCGCGUUCCAGCUCCCAUACACUACACAGGCAGCGGUCGGUCGGGGCAGGGGGGCGGUGGGUCCGGGAGGGGCCUUCCUCUCUCCUGGAGCAGCCCCAGGGGCUUGGUGCUAUUUGUAACUGAAUAAAAUUUGUAGUCAGACCCCAAGUGCCUGCUCGAGUCUCUCUG